UCGUUCCUCAUUGUCACCCUUUUAAAUGUAAAGCAGGCUCUGCUCAGUCUUCGGCCGCUCCGUGGCCCUCUUAAAUGUAAAGCCAGCUGUAACCGGAGCCCGGCUCGGUGUGAGGUGGUGCGGUGAGACCGACUCCCAGAGGACCGCGGCUUUUCAGGGCCGAGGACAAGAACAGUGUUUGUGAGAGGGACAGGGCCCAGGCAGGCUGAGUGAGAGGAAGAGCAGUCCUUCAAUAAAAACAUUGUCUGUGAGCUUCCUCACACACAAUCAGAUGCUCUGUACCUCUUUGCUGAGAGGCUGCAGCCAGCGGAGAAAAGAAAGGUAGACCAGGGGACAGAGUAGGCCAGGAGAGAGAGAGAGAAAGUAAGGAUUUAGGGCACCGAAAGAGAGGGCAGGAAAGACUGGGCCAAAAAAAACAGUAUCAUGGGAAUGGUUGGCAUUUGUGUCUGCAUUAGGCGCGAGAUUAAUAGAGGCCGAUGAGGAAACUGGCCAAGUUUGAAUUUUCGUCCGGCGCGAUGCUCUAAUUCGCCUAAAUGUAACCUGUGUCAUGGCUGUAAUCCCGUUUAAUUUCGAGCGAAUGUGAUUGUGAGAAGUGACGGCUUGGAAGUGUGAUCAAAAAAAAAAAAAAAACUAAUAAAACUCAGUCUAAAGUCACUGCCCGCCCCUUCCAUCCAGCACUUCGAGAUGACAUUGAGCUCCAGACAAUGGCGCCGUUGUUGCCCAAAGCUCUUGUUGCUCAAAGCCAAUCGCACAAGAACAGUGCUUUUGUGCCAAGGCUGCAGGUCUCGCCUGGGCCACUGAUGUCUCACCUUCUUCAGUGAUGUCACGCCUUCCGUAGCUCUGAUGUCACUGAGACGUCUCAAAAUACUUUUAAACCGGGCGGAAACUUCGUGGCCUUGGUAGAUGUUAUCAGUGGCUUGUUUACGGUUUUCAGAAAUAGAUCGAGAAUGGAAAUAGAACAGCGGCUGAUGUUUGUCAUGAUAAUUGUUUUUGUUUUUAUGUUGUCUUUAUCAUCUCUUUACUUCCUUUCGGUUGAUGUGCCGCGGAUCUAAGUUCUCAGAGUUGUAUGAUUCUUCACCAUGGAGCUCGUAUUAUCAGCACUCAGGAAUUAUUGCAUUUAGGAGUGGAAGGUCUUUGUGUGUACUACUGGAGUAAAUUCUCUGCUCCUCCCGCUAUUGCUGAGGAACUCCGGAAAGUAAACCCGUCACGGUUGCAACGGCGUCUACCUGGAACCAACAAGGUCCUUUUCAGCAGGAAUGAGGAACGCUACUACAUGGAGAGGGACGGGGACACACUGCGUCUGCUGGGUUUGAAUCCAAAUGACAGUGGUGAUGCAGAUGAUGAAGAUGAUGACGAUUCUGAUGACAAAGCGGAAAAAAUAAAGAACCCAAACUCUUUACAGAGUGGCAAGUGGCAGUUGGGGCUGCAGGCCAUGUCUUUUGACCUGUACGCUAAGUAUGGAAACAAUCGCACACUCAGUCUUGUCAGUCCGAAGAAGCCGUAUUACCAGUGGAGGCUUCGGGUGCCAUCCGGUCACGUUGUGCGGCUCGUCAUCCUCACACUUCAAGGGGCGACACCAGGAAGCUGCGCUGCCAACAAGCUGUCCGCUUAUGAUUUCUUACUGCCGCUUCAGAACAAGAUCAUCGCCAGAUGGUGUGGUCUGCCAAUAUCAGGAACAUCCCCUGUAAUGAAACUGACAUCUUCUGGAAACGUCAUGCUUGUCACUUUUUCUUUCAAUCGUCAGAGGCAAGGAGCCAUCUUCAAAGCUUAUUUCCAGGCUAUACCCAAAACAGAAUGUGGUGGUUUCCUCACUGCGUGGAACGGCACGGUGACGUCACCUUACUACCCCGCCUACUACCCUCCAAAUGUGGACUGUAACUGGAAAAUCAGGGCUCCGUUGCCGGGAUACCUUCUCUCUGUGACCAUUGUGAUGCUAGACAUUCAGGAUUCACCCGCCUCGAGCACCUGCGAAAAAGAUUGGCUGGAAAUAGGUGGCGUCAAACUCUGUAACCCGAUUGGGGACAGCAGCAGAAAGAGGAUCUACUCUUCACCCGUCCUGCUGCACUUUCACUCGGAUGAGUCUUUGACCCAUAAAGGUUUUUACCUGAUCUACAGGGCCUUCUCUCCUGAAAGUGCAUGUCCGAGGCAGUUUCGCUGUGGAGAUGGCAAGUGUAUUCCUCUAAGGAAAGUGUGUGAUGGAGAAAAAGACUGUUCUGAUGGACGGGAUGAGGCCAAAUGCAACACAUGUAAACCAGGAGAAGUUUAUUGUAUGGGUCAGUGCAGACCACACAACCAGUGUAACACCGCAUGUGGUGACAGCAGUGAAGAGAAUAACUGUGGAGGUAAAUGCUAUCAUAUGUGCUCAAACAAAAUCUGCCUCCCCAAAGCUUCAGUGUGUGAUGGGAUUGUGGACUGCAAAGACCGCAGUGAUGAACUCAACUGCACAAGAGCAUUUUCAAAAGGAUGCUCUCCUUCCUCCUUCAAAUGUGCCAGUGGAAAGUGUUUGAGUAAGAUCAACCCGGAGUGUGACGGAAUUAAAGACUGCAAAGAUGGUUCAGAUGAGUUGCGCUGUAGUUGUGGCACAAAACCCAGGAAGAGGGCAAAGAUUGUGGGUGGAACGGAUGCCCAGGCAGGCUCAUGGCCGUGGCAGGUCAGCCUCCAAAUGGAGCGCUAUGGUCAUGUUUGCGGGGCAUCUCUGGUGGCCAGCCGCUGGCUCGUCUCUGCAGCUCACUGCUUUCAGGACUCCGAUGCAAUCAAGUAUUCUGAUGCGCGAUCAUGGAGGGCCUACAUGGGCAUGCGAGUUAUGAACUCGGUCAGCAAUGCAGCAGCCACCAGACAAAUCCGCCGAAUUGUCUUGCAUUCGCAAUAUGACCAAUUCACUUCCGACUAUGACAUUGCCCUUUUAGAACUAAGUGCCCCUGUCUUUUUCAAUGAGUUGAUACAGCCCGUCUGUGUUCCUGCCCCCUCUCACGCCUUCACCUCCGGAACCAGCUGCUUUGUCACUGGAUGGGGCGUUCUGUCAGAAGAAGGUGAACUGGCCACAUUGCUGCAAGAGGCCACUGUUAGCAUUAUCAGUCACAACACUUGUAGUAAAAUGUAUGAUGAUGCGGUCACUCCCAGAAUGCUUUGCGCCGGAAACAUUCAAGGAGGAGUGGAUGCUUGUCAGGGAGACUCUGGGGGACCUUUAGUGUGUCUGGAACGUGGCCGGAGGUGGUUUCUAGCAGGCAUUGUGAGCUGGGGUGAGGGCUGCGCCAGACAGAACCGGCCUGGAGUUUACACACGUGUCAUAAAGUUCACAGACUGGAUUCAACAGCAGACGAAAGGCCAGGUGUGACUUAUGCACGCAUGCAUAUAUUCACACCAGAGAACAGGUGAUUGGCCCAUGCUCAGUUGCAUGUGACCGAGGUGCACCGGCCCAUCAUGAUUCCCAGACAUAUAGCAAACAUCAACACCUCUGCAUCGGAAGCAAUUUUCCACCAAUUCCUGUUGCUCAGCAUUUGAAACCUCUAUCCAUGGUCUGUAAGCAGCAUCACUCCCCUCCCUCUGUUAUUCUUUAUGCCCUGAAGUCAUAUGAACCACCUACAAACCAACUGUACUCUAUAAAGCCUCGACAGUGGACUACUAGUGUAGAGAUUGAGAAGAUUAUUUGCAGUGGAAAGAGUUCUCUUGGUAAGAUUUGUGUUAUUUGCAUACAGUGGCUUAAUAUUAGUUUUCAUUCAUUGUUUAAGAAUGAUAUAAACCCUCCACUUCAUGGUCCGUUUUAAAUAUGUCCAACUGUGAAAAUGAUCGCAUGUCUGAAAUUAUGACCAACAUUGAUUUUAGUCAUUAUUGUUACUGUUAUGCAUGUUUUUAAUGGGUUUUUGUUAUCACAAAUGAUUGCUGGCUUGUUCUUUAUUGGGAGAAAGCAGUGGCAGCCCUUAAGACUCUCUCUACUGGUCGUGAUUUGACAUUACAUCUUACUCGGUAUUUCUUUAGUUAUGCAUACAUUAUGAUCUGUAUACCAGAAAACCAAAUGUAAAUGUCAAAACUGAGCAAAUGUUGAUACUUUAUAUUAGGUAUAUGAAAAAUAGAGCUAUAUUAAAAAGAGGUGCUAUAUUA